AGAACCAGGAAAUCACAUCUCCAGUUCUGGGAAAACGGAACAUAAGUGCUGUUUAUUUGUGUUGUGUGUCUGCGGUAAAAUGGCUGAAUCCAGGUUUUCUCAGGACCAGUUCAGCUGUCCAGUGUGUUUGGAGCUCCUGAAGAAUCCAGUGGCCAUCCCAUGUGGACACAGUUACUGUAUGAGCUGCAUUACGGACUACUGGGAUCACGAGGAUCAGAAGAGAGUUUACAGCUGCCCUCAGUGCAGACAGACCUUCAGUCUAAGACCUGCUUUAAAUAAAAACACCAUGCUGGCUGAAGUGGUGGAGCAACUGAAGAAGACUGAACAUCACACUGCUGUUCCUGCUGGAGAUGGAGACGUGGAGUGUGACAGCUGUACUGGAAGAAAACACAAAGCCAUCAAGUCCUGUCUGGUGUGUCUGAACUCUUACUGUCAAAAUCAUCUUGAACAACAUGAGAAUCUCUUCAAAGGUAAAAGACACAAUCUAAUGGACGCCAAUGGACGGCUUCAGGAGAUGAUCUGCCAGAAACAUGAUAAACUCUUAGAAAUUUACUGCCGUACGGACCAGAGGUGUGUUUGUAUGCUCUGUAUGGUGGAUGAACACAAAGAUCAUGAAACUGUGUCAACUUCAGCAGAGAGGACAGAGAAACAGAAAAAUUUAGGAGAGAUACAGGAAGAAUUCCAGCAGCAAAUCCAGGAAAGAGAGGUGAAGCUUCAAGAGCUGAAAGAAGCUGUAAAGAUUCAUGGGCGCUCUGCACAGACAGCAGUGAGGGACAGUGAGAGGAUUUUUUCUGAACUCAUCCGCUCCAUUGAGAGAAAACGCUCUGAAGUCACACAGAUGAUCAGAGAUCGAGAAAAGAUCACAGUCGGUCGAGCUGAAGGACUCUUAAAUCAGCUGCAGCAGGAGAUUGAUGAUCUGAGAGGGAAGAAAUCUAAGCUUGAGCAGCUUUCACACACAGAUGAUCACAUCUGUUUCAUCCAGAGUUUUGCUUCUCUCCCUGUUCCUCCGGCAUCUCCAGAUGUUCCCAGCAUUACUGUUAGUUCUUAUGAUGAUGUAGGAAAAUCUGUUUCUCAACUGAGACAGAAACUGGAGGAUUUCUGCAGAGAGGAGACUGAAAAGAUAUCUGGUCAAGUGACAUGCAUCCAGAUCAUUCCCACCCCAGAAUAUGAGAGCAGGAAUGACUUCCUAAAGUAUUUCUGUCGUUUCACUCUUGAUCCGAACACGGCUCAUCAAUUUCUCCGUCUGUCUAAGAGGAGCAGAGCAGUGACUGUAUCUAGCAGACAGAAUUAUCCUGAUCAUUCAGACAGAUUUGAUCAGUGUCGUCAGGUGCUGUGUAGAGAGAGUGUGUGUGGACGCUGCUACUGGGAGGUGGAGUGGAGUGGGAAAAAUAUAGAUAUUUCAGUGUCAUAUAAAAGCAUCAGCAGAAAGGGAGAGGGUGACGUUGAGUCUAGAUUUGGAUGCAAUGAUCAGUCCUGGAGUUUGUCUUGCUCUCGCUCCAGUUGUUCAUUCAGCCACAAUAACAUAAAAACUGAUCUCACUGUAGUGCCCAGCAAUAGAAUAGGAGUAUAUGUGGAUCACAGUGCAGGAAUUCUGUCCUUCUACAGUGUCUCUGACACAAUGACCCUCAUCCACAGAGUCCACACCAGAUUCACCCAGCCUCUCUAUCCAGGGUUUUAUUUUUAUGUGUCUUUUUUAAACCUCUUUAGAAAAUCUUUACUAAAUGCAACAGUGAAACUUUGUGACAUAUAGCUGGCCAAAGGGAUUGUAUAAUAUAAUUUGACUAUAUUAUCGGGUUUUACAAGAAUGUUACUUAGUGACAACACAAUUUUUAAUGUAAUCAUUUGAUUGGAUGAGGUACAGAUGAACAAGUUUGAAAAGUUUGUGAAUGAGAUC